AUGGGUGUUCCCCUGGCCAAGGCAGCUGAAGAGGUCUGUGUUUGCAGAGGUCCCUAUUAUAGGUUGGACUGGUUGAAGAAGAUACUUGUCAGUCUACGAGCUGAGAGCAGAUAUAAUUUUGCAGCCAAAGCAUAUAUGUUCUUGUUACUAGGAUGCAUUGUUCUUACCGAUAAGACCUUUACUCUUAUAGAGGAAAAAUAUUUACCACUAUUUGAAGACUUGUCUAGCUGUGGUAGAUACUGUUGGGGGGCAGUCGCGCUAGUCACACUUUACAGAUAUCUAAAAAAUGCCUCCUUUUACAGUUGUAGACAACUUGGGGGAUAUGCCUCUCUACUACAAUGUUGGAUUCAUGUGUAUUUUCCAACUGUUGGCAAGAGGGGAUUUUCGAAGAUUGCUGGUAUUGGUAGUCCACUUCCUAUGGUGAUGAAGUGGAUGUACAAGCAAGGAACGCAAAAGGUUGAUGAGUUAAGGGGUUGUGUUUGA